AUGGAAAGUAGUGCGAAAGUAAAGGAAUUAGAAGGAAAGAUUAAGGUGUAUGAAGAUGAAAUCCUUAAAAAGGAUGAGUUAAUUCAAAAAUUAUCCAGUAUGGACAUUGAUCAAGUUAAAUCUACUGAACAGAAACUUACUGAUCAUAGUAAUAGUAUAGAACAUGAACAAUAUCAGCAGACAAGCAUAAAACGUGAAGAACUUGCAACAUUACGAAGCAAGGUUGGACAAUUAUGUGAAAAAACAUUAAAUCAAGAAAGUGAAUUAAAAGCAAAAUCAACACUGUUAACUAAAGCGGAAACAGAUAUUGUUAAAUUAACCCAUAAAAACAAUGAAUUAAUAUCUGAAAAUGAAAAAUUAAAAAAACAAGUAAAUGAUUAUACAACAAGCAUUAAUACAAAAAUUACUGAAUAUGAAAUAUGCAAUAAAAAAUUGAAUGAAUCAAAUCAAUUAUUGAAAAGUGAACAAGAUAAGAUAGAUGAAUUGAAAAAGCGUUUAAAUAAACAGAUAGAAGAAAAAGAGAAAUCCAAUUAUCAACUUGAACAAAAUGAGAAACGCUUACAAAAUUUCAUUACAAAAAUGAUUCAUAUAUUCGAUACAUUUUUACAAAAUGAUGAACAUUUAAUUAUUGAUUGGAAAGAUGAAAAAAAUUUAGAAGAUUUAAUAAUUAAAGCUAAAGAUGUCGUUAAUGAAAAUUUAAAAAUAAAGGACAUAUUCAAGAUUUAUUAG